CCCCUGCGCGGAGCCGCCCGCUGCGGCGCCCAGCUCCGGAGGCCGAGGGGCAGCCUGGCCUCGCCGCCGCUCCGCCAUGUGGCUGCUGCCUGCUUGGGUGCUGCUCAGCGCCGUGGCCGCCGGUUCUGCCCAGUUGAUAUUUAGUGGGACAGAUGUUGUUGAAAGAACUGACUGUAAUAAGACUGUCAUUUUACCUUGCUAUGUGACUAAUCUGAAGGAGAACAACACAAAUGUCAUGUUUGUGACAUGGAAAAAACAAGGGAAAAUCAUUUUUUCUUUUGAUGGAAGAAAACAGGAGUUUUUCAGAGAUCCCGAGUUUCGAUCAGCUGAGUUAGUAUCUCAGGCGGAUUUACCCAAAGGUAUUGCCUCUCUGAUGCUUAAUGGUGCAGAAGCAGCUGUUGGAAAUUACAGCUGUGAAGUAACAGAAUCAAACAGAGAAGGAGAAACAAGAAUUGAACUUAGGAACCACUCAGUUGUCCGUUGCAGUGAGGAAAAUACCCCAGCAUCAAAGGAGAUAUGUGGAUCAUGGUUUCUUCUAAUGGAAAGGGCUAUCAUCAUAGCGGUACUGUUCUUAGUUAUUAUUUUGUGUGCGGCUCAGUUAAGUGCUAUUGUAUUAAAAUAUGAAACUGUACCUCAGAAGAAAACAGGCAUUAUUGUAGCAGUUGCCGCCUUCGUAGUUGCUGCUGUUGUAGGCACUGUUCUUUUUGUCCAAGAUGGCUAUACUGCACAGAAUCAAGCUGGUCUCGGCCUGAUUGUACUCCCUGCUGUGAUUCUGGUACCGCUUCAAUAUGUUAUGUUUGGAAUUGUUUUUGAUAGCCUACCGCAAGCAGCAUUUGCUCUGAUAGGUUUGCACAUCCUUGGUUAUGUAAUCGCUGUGGUUGGUUUUGCACUGUGUGUCUCAGCCUGUCCUCCAUUACAUGGGUCUGUUGUGAUUGCUGGCUUAGCUAUUAUGGCCAUUGCAAAUUUGCUUAGUCUGGCUUACGUGUUUAUUAUGGGUUCCAGAAUGAAAGAUCAUCCUCGUCCAGGGAACUGCAGAGCAAUGUGAUACGUGAAAAGUACACCGUUGUUGAUACACCGUGGCCUUGAAGAUGCACUACUCAACAAGAAGAAAUUCAGGAAACUAGUUGUUUUGCAUGUGUGGCAAAAGUGCUUUUGAUAUAAAUGAGGUAAUUUUAUAGUCACAGCAGCUGUAGCAAGGAACAUGUGUGUUUGCCCACAUGUGAUCUUUAUUUCUUUUGUUAUGGUAUACGUGGGAUGUUGGAGGGUGAGCAUAUGAAAAGCACUGUUUGCCCACUGCAGGGUCUCCCUGCAGGAAUCCUUAGUGGUAUUAUUUUCAAAAGCUAUCAUUAGUCACUGCUUUGAUAAUGGGCCUGCUCGGCCCACAGAUCGCAAUACCAUUUAGACUAUUGUUUUCUUUAUUUGUGUGCAUGGGCAAGGUAUGGUCAUACGUCUAUGAUACAAGCAGGAAAUCAAGACUGUACAAAUACAUCUUUUCUGACAUUCAGCAAAACGUUUCUAUAAAAACAAACAAAUAAAAUGCUUAGACACAAAGUUCCAUCAGUACAAAGUUUACUCCCAGCUCUCCUUAAGUUAUUAACUGGGUUCUCCUGAUUCCAUGAACCAGUAGUGUUCCUCUCUAUGGACAGUAGUCGUGUGUGCUCUGGUGGCCAAUAUUUUAGUCCAGUGAGAGCGUUCUCUGUGCCUCUUCUGUAUUCUUUGGUGAGAAACUGCUCAGCUGUUGGAGCCUAAUUCAGCACUGGAAUUAUGGAGCACAGCAGCUAGUAAUUUUCAUGCUGAAUGCGGUUCUUGUGUGUGUUCAUGUCGUGUGGUGUGUGGUACUGGAAGCAACUUCAGCCUUUCUUAACUCAGUGAUUUUGUAAAAGUCAUGGAUGCUUCAUAAAAAUAGGAGUUGUCCUAUUUAGUGUAUAUUUGACAGAGUUUUAAAAUCUUGUUUUGGAAACAAGGAGCUAUUUCAUUUCUGACCCAAGUUUGUGAUGCUGCCGUUACAUCACAAAUAGAUAAAAUAGAAAGUAAGUAGGAGGAGCUGAUGAGAAGCGAGGAGGCUCAGUUUCUGUAUAUAUGUAAGUGGUGCAGUUAAAAACCAUUUUUUUCUAGGACUUGCACAUUCCAUGAGAUUUUACCACGUUUUAUAACUGUUUUGAGAGUUGUUCCAAUGCAGUUGGCUUCUCUUGGGCUUCAUGUAUACUUUGUAGAGAUCUUGAUGCUGUCUCCUUUUGGGACUAUCUUUCAAAGGCACACACGGUUUUCUCCUCCUAACAAUUAGAAACUUUGUUUGGAAAACUGUUACCAAACAGUCAUGUGAAAAAAAACAAAUCAUGUCUUUAAAGAUAUUUGAGUAAUGUGGCACAUCUCAGAGUUGGAUGUUAUAGGCUAAGGUUCUUAUCCAUGUUUGGGUGCAUGUUGCAGGGAUUCUGGUCUCUGCAUAUUGAGCUCCAGUCUGGAUGCAGACACCUUGCAUCAAUAAUUCAACAGUAUAAAACUGAGGUAUCUGACUGUACAACACUGACUCAUAAACAGCCCUCUUGCUAGGGCUGCAGGAUUGAACAGCUUCAAGCAGCCCAUGGUCCAGCCCUUGCUCAAAUCAGUGGAACUGGCCACAGUGAAGAGGGUUAUUAAUGUGAUAAAAAGUUAAGAAGCGUUUAUGAUUUACACUUUGCUUUCAUACCUUCAAGUUUGUCAGUGGGAGUAUUCAUCUGAGGUCUGAAUCCUGAUACAGACUUUUCCAUAAUCACAACAAUCUCUAUCUAAAGAAAGGGAGAUUACCUCCGUUAACAAUUCAGUCUAAGAAUUGACCUGAUUAAGUACCAUGCAGAGCUCCCUGUUUAUAACUAGUGAUUUCCUCUGGCAAGCUAGAAGUUGAGCAGUUGAGGAAUAAAAACCAAACCAACUGGAAUUAUAUUGUGGUAUUCUGCCUUAUAAAAACCAUUAUGUAUAAUAGCUUUAUGUUAACUUCUGUAAAGCAGACUGCAGUAGAACCUGUUUGUGUCAUGGUGGGAUGAGGCCGAGCUGUUACUAAGCAUCACUGAAACAAGAGGAGCUCGAUGGCUGUGUACAGGCUGCAGGAGCAAUUGGCCCCGAAAUGGGAGAAACCCACUCUCCUGUUGUUGUGUUAAGGGCUUUGCUCUGGAUUUCAUGUGGGUACAGAGUUACAAGUGAGCAUUCAAAAUGAUAACACUCAGCCUUUUCCCACCAGUAUUUUCAGACCAAAGUUGUUCAUAACUGUAUGCUUCCAUUCGUGAGUGUACCUAUGUGUGUAUAUAUAAAUAUAUAGACAUUUUAAAUAUCUAUAGCUCUAUAGUCUUUACCCAAGAAAAUGUUUUUAUUUAUGAAUUCUGAAACAAUUUUGUAAAUAUUGUGCUAAUAUACUUAAAAAAUAAAGUCAUUUUAAGUUGU